GUUAUUUUUGUACCAAGUGAGUUCUUUUAGAAUAUUAGUCUUGAAGCUAUGUUAACCUUCACGAGUAGUUAAAAUGUAAUACGUUUCUACCUUAUUUGAUGCUUUCAGUUAAUUAUUCACUGAAAAACCCGGAGUAUUGUUUGUAGUAAUAUCAAUACAUUCAGAAUUGUAGUACAUUACUUGAUCCGAAUGAGAGUGUUAUAGAUUUAUUUUAUACAUAUUAUACCUAUAAGCAGAUAAUAAGCUCAAUGCAACGUAGUCACAAAAGUCAGUUUUACAUUCAGCGUAUUGAUGACUUAAUUUCUUGAACUGAAUGGUCUCAUGCCUGUUCUAUUACUUAUUAACGUUAGUUUAGGUUUUUAUACGAAGCGUUUGUUACAAUUUGCCGGUCGAGUAAUUCUUCUGACUUCGUGUAACAUUUUUCUCUGUGUGCUAUCAAUAAGGUGUAACAAGAAACACCUGUACGUCUAAUGUACAUAGUCUUUUUUUCUCGAUUUCAUAGCAUCUUGGCUUUAUCAUGGUUCAGUAUGGCCUGUCAUUGUUAACAUGAUGGCUCUCAGUGUCCUAUGUUUGUACAACUAUUAUUCUUUAUUAUUUUCCCAUACUUGCUAGUUAUUUCGUUAAAUGUAUCACUGCAAGUGGUAAGAAAAGAUGUUUUCCAUACUUUGAAAAAUGCAGAAAAGUAAAGCAAACGAAACUUUGGUGUCUACUUGUAUGUCAGGACCUAUGCGGGUACUUGCCACUAGGAUUUUUAUUUUGGGUCCUUUAUAAACUGAAUACAGGACAGACUUGUCACUGGUCAAUACGGGUUGAUUCUAAUUUGUUAACAGUUGAGCAAACCUUAAGGAUAUUGACCGACAGCAUCACAUCUGGCGUGUUUGGUAACUUUUUUCUCUAACUAUUUAACAGCUUUUUAUAAUAACUACACAGAUCAUUUCUCACACAGUUCCAUGUUUUAUCAGUCUUGUAUUGAAAGACACAGUUCAUAGUUUUCAUGAAUUUUUAACUAAGCUAUUAAUAAUGGAAUUUUAUAGCUCCAAAGUUAAUAGAUUCAGCUAGGACUUGUUUGCAAUAAAUGAUGUCUAUGGUAAUGUUAGAAAGAGGUAAUCACUUUGUACAUGUCGAGUGAUGGUCAGAUUUAUGGUAACACAGCGAAUGACGCAUAAUAAAGACAAUUUUGAAGAACCCCAUGAUAUAUAAUUUUGUUAAAUCAUCUCGCUACUUUACAGUUGGCUUCUUAAUCCACUGACAAUAUCCAAGACAUUACGUCUGGAACAAUUAUGUAUUCAAAAUAAAGCCUUUUCAUUUUCGGUGAAUGAACUCAGUUUGUUUAUUUUUUACUCAAGCUGUAUUACGUAUGUAAUAUGCUCAAAUACAUCAAGCCUACUGAAUGAUCAAUUUGGAGAGACAUUAGAUAUAUAUGUAUUUAGUAUGUAGGUGAAACUAGUUGGGUCUAAAUAAAAUGGUUCAAAAUACUAUCAAACAUUUGGACUCCGUUCUUUCAUCAUUAUGUCAUGUUUUGUACUUUCUGUUUUCAUGAUAGAACAUAUUUUUUGCCCAAAUAGCUCUUACGUAUACAUAAAAUAAAAAACAUUUGUUUGAUCAUAGUAUAUGGUAAACAGUUAUUUGUCUUUCAGAAAAAACUUUCCAACAUGUGGACUGAGAGUAGUGAAUCACCAUGUUUGGGAUCAGUGCCAGUCAUUAAGGGGAAGUUUGAAGCUAUGCCCAAAUCUGCCCAACGCUUUGUUGCUAAAUGGGUGGAAAUAUGUAAACCAACAGGAGUGUACAUAUGUGAUGGAAGCAAAGAAGAACGUGAAGAACUUACGAAAAAAUUAGUUGAAUUGGGUUCUUUACAUAAACUACCACCGUAUGAAAACAACUAUAUCACAUGUACUGAUCCAAGUGAUGUUGCUCGUGUCGAAUCAAAAACCUGGAUCUGUUCAGAGCAUAAACAUGAUACUGUACCAGAUGUAGCUCCAGGAGUUAAAGGUGUUCUUGGUCAAUGGAUUUCACCUAAUGAUUUGAAUACUGAAAUUAAAGAUCGUUAUCCUGGUUGUAUGGAAGGUCGUGUACUUUAUGUGAUUCCAUUCAGUAUGGGUCCAAUUGGAUCACCAUUGAGUAAAGUUGGGAUUGAAAUAACUGAUAGUAUUUAUGUUGUACUAUGCAUGAUAAUUAUGACACGUAUGCAUCCAGAUGUAUGGAAAGUUAUUGAAUCUAGUAAGGAAUUUGUUAGAUGCGUUCAUAGUGUUGGAUGCCCUACUUCAUCUCAUCGUAAAAUCGUCAAUCAUUGGCCAUGUAAUCCAGAGAAAACUUUAAUUUCUCAUGUACCUAAAGAACGUUUAAUUAUGAGUUUUGGUAGUGGUUAUGGUGGUAAUUCAUUAUUAGGGAAAAAAUGUUUUGCAUUACGUAUUGCCGGUUGUAUUGCUCAUGAUGAAGGCUGGUUAGCUGAACAUAUGUUAAUUAUGUCUGUAACAAAUCCAAAAGGUGAAGAGAAAUUCAUAGCCGCUGCUUUUCCUAGUGCUUGUGGUAAAACAAAUAUGGCUAUGCUUGAACCAUCAUUGCCUGGUUGGAAAGUACAAUGUGUUGGAGAUGAUAUAGCAUGGAUGCGUUUUGAUGAACAUGGUGUUCUUCGGGCAAUCAAUCCAGAAGCUGGUUUCUUUGGCGUUGCUCCAGGUACAAACGCUAAAACUAAUCCAAAUGCAAUGGCUACAUGUAUGAAAAACACUGUUUUCACUAAUAUUGCUCAAACUAAAGAUGGUCAUAUCUUUUGGGAAGGACUUGAAGAUCAAUAUAGUCCUGAUACAGAAAUUAUCACAUGGCUUGGUGAUCAUGUUAAAUUAUCUGAUAAAAGUAAAGAUCCUAAAGCACAUCCAAAUUCACGAUUUUGUUGUCCUGCUAAUCAAUGUCCAAUUAUUCAUCCUAAAUGGGAAGAUCCAAAAGGUGUACCAAUUUCAGCUAUAAUUUUUGGUGGUCGUCGACCUGAAGGUAUACCAUUAGUUCUACAAUCAUUUGAUUGGAAACAUGGUGUUAUGUUAGGCGCAGCAUUAAAAUCAGAAGCAACUGCGGCUGCCGAAUUCAAAGGUAAACAAGUUAUGCAUGAUCCUAUGGCUAUGCGUCCAUUUGUUGGUUAUAAUUUUGGCCAUUAUUUAAAUCAUUGGCUUAGUAUGGAGAAACCAUCACAUAAAAUGCCUUUAAUAUAUCAUGUGAAUUGGUUCCGUUUAAAUAAACAAGGUAAAUUUGUAUGGCCUGGUUUUGGACAAAAUAUACGUGUUAUUGACUGGAUACUUAGACGUGUUAAUGGUGAAGAUAUUGGUGUCAAUUCACCAAUUGGUAUUUUACCUAAAAAAGGUUCAAUCAAUUUCGAUGGUAUAAACGUUGAUUGGGAUGAGAAUUUUUCAUUGCCAAAAGAUUAUCUUUUAGAGGAUGUUGAUGAAACAAUGAAAUAUUUACACGAACAAGUUGGUAAAGAUUUACCAGCUGUUAUUCAAAAUGAAUUAAACAAUCAACGUGAACGUAUUCAAUCUCAACUUUAAAUGAAUAAGUCAGAGGAAGAAGAAGACGACGACGACGAUGAUGAUGAAAAAGAAGAAGUCAAUGUCUAAUCAUUUUCUUCAACUUUAUGUGCUUUCUAAUUUUUUUUUGUUUUUUGUUGCUGUUGUUAUUGUUGUUAGCUAACUUCUAUUGUUGUUCGUAGACAUUAAUGACAACUUGUUCUUUUUGUUUUUGUAUUGCUUUUAAUAUUACUACUACUACUCAUAAUGAUAUUCAUUUAUAUUGUUAUUACUGUUUAUAUAGUAGUACGCUUAAUAUUUUAUUGUGAUUCAUCGAAUCUUUUUAAUGAAAAUACAAUACAAACAAUUUAUUUCUUU